AUGCCUCCAAAUCGCAGGGCAAAGGCCUCCAAAGCCUCCAAAGCCUCCCCUGCCGAAGAUCCUAUAUCCUCCAGCCCACCCGAAUUGCCUAUUAGUGUCGAAUCCUCCUCUGAGCCUGCUCCAAAAGCCAGAAAGCCGGGGCCGAAGCCCAAAGUGUAUAUGGUAACUGCCAACGUUACUAUACAACUUGAUCGACAGCGCCACCCCAUUGCCGUCAAGCCGGUCAACCUUGACUGGUAUAACAUCUUUAGGGACGAUUACAAUUCAAUAUCCGGUAUAGCGAUCAAGCUAGUAGAGGGAUACGCUCGUCGGAGGAAGAUGACCUGGAUGUUGCUAGAUGGCAAGACCAGGGAGAGAGAAGAAGAAAGCAGAGGUUCCCCCACUAAAACGACUGCUAGUGGACCCGGCAGAUACACCGGAGGCACAUGGGAGCAGGAAGAGGCCAAGGGCUACGGCCACAUCCGACAUGCUUAG